AUGUCGCCACAUGACAGCAUCCAGCCCCCGCCGCCACGGCCCAACCGGGGGCACCAGCCGUCCUUCUCCGCCGCGCUCCUCGAUGCCAUCUACCACUCCCUCGAAGCCGACGCCGACGCCGACGCCGACGCGCGCGCAAGCACCGACGCUACUCGCCGAACGCCAGCGUCCCCGGCGCAGCGGACGCCGGUUUCAAUUCGUCAUCGUCCUACGCCAACCUUGUCGCCGUCCGUUUCUUCGGUACGGUCGCCGCGGCUGCAGAGGCCGCCGCGACCGUGCCGUGUCCGGCCUGACCCGCAGCCUAAUUUGCUUCUCCUGACGCCACCGCCGCCUCAUGGGUCAACGGGUGACCGCGGGGAGAAGAAGAGGAACAGGAAGAACAAGAAGACGAAGACGAAGGUGGCGCCAUUUGCGUGCCUUCUGAACGCUCUGCUUUGCAACAGGAAGUCGGCCAGGUCGGUCGACAAUACACCGCGGGCUACGGCCGCUGCAGUUGCGGCGCCAGAGCCGGCGUCGGCGAGGUCGAUCCUCUCGUCGCGCGCUUCCCGGCGGGCUUCUGCUGCGACGGGAGGGAUCCUGACUCCGGCGAGGCGGGCGGUGAGGUUCUCGCCGGUGGCGUUGGUGGUGGACGACGAGCACGGCCGUGGAAUCGGGACGGCGACAAGGCUGCGGGACGUGGAGAUGGAGGUGGCGUCGGUGAAGGAGUCCGCGGCGGAGGCGGAGAAGAGGGUGGAGGAGCUGCUGCGCGCGCUCGGCGUGGCGGGGGAGAGGGAGAGGGCCAAGGAGAGCAGCGAGUCCAGCUCCGACCUGUUCGAGCUCGAGAGCUUGCCGCCGGCGUUCGAAGACACCGAGCUGCCGCGUCCCAGAGCUGCCGCCGGCGCUGGGCUGGCACGCCCGCGUCUCCGCGUUUUAUGA